AUGGGUCGCAGAAGGGCCAUCCUAUGGGCACUUUUCCCAUGCUGCAACCCCAAGAAAAAGGCCAAGACAAGAAAUAAGUUGGCCUCAUCCCAAGUCGUGGAAGCAGAGUGCCCGGAGGAGUUUGCCACAUGUCAACAUCUAAAGGCAUGCAGGGAGCAGCUUCUUACAAGAGAAGCAGAAAUCGCGGAACUAAAAGCUGAAAGGAACAACACCAGGCUGCUGCUGGAACACCUGGAGCUCCUGGUUUCCCGGUACGUGCCGUCCCUCCAGAUGACGGUGGAGAGGCAUCAGGCGCGGUCCCCAGCCAGCAUGACCAGCGAGUUGGAGGUCCUCAGGGCACUGAGAUUGCUCUUCGAGCACCACAAGGCCCUGGACGAGAAGGUGCAGAGCCAGAGGGAGCAGGGCUGGGAGUCCGCAAAGCAGGCCCGCGUGGUGGCCACCGUGGCCGAGGACUUCGAGACUGACGAGGAUGUGCCUGAUGGCGAAGGUGAUGGGCCCACCCUCUUCAGUUCGGCCGGUCAGCUGCCGCCCAGUGGGCAGGCCGAUGCCGACACUCUGCCUGUGAUGCCUCGGGAGCAGCUGGACAGCAUCAGUGAGGAGACCCGCUACGCCCCUGUCCCGGGUCCACGUCCAGAGUGGCCGCAGGCCGGUGACCCUGUGCAGGACCAGGCAGAGCUGCUGCUCAGAUUGUUCUCGUCACGUCAGCCCAGGCCGAGGUGCCCGUGCCUGCGGGCCGAGCACGCGGGGCUCGGGGGAAAGUCAGGGGUGAACGGCACACCCAGCAAACGCAGGUGGAUCCAAGAGGAAGAGAGCACGGAGCAGCGGGCCGAGGAGACUGAGAGCAGGGCGGGCAGGGCGCGCUUAGGCAGCCUUCGGCGUUUUGAGUCCCUGAGCUCCCUCAACCUGUGUCCUGCCUCCUCACUUGCCAGCUCCUGCCCGCCCAGCAGGGCGCCCUCCCCACCCCGAAGGAGGCGGCGCAGCCUGGCGCACGAGGGAGACCGGCUGGGCAUCAUGACUGCGGUGCAGAGCCAGAGGGAUCAGGACUGGGAGUCCGCACAGCAGACCCGCGUGGUGGCCACCAUGGCCCAGGACUUCGAGAGUGACGAGGAUGUGUCUGACGGCGAGGGCGACAGGGUCACCCUCUUCAGCUCGGCCGGUCAGCUGCCGCCCAGUGGGCAGGCCGAUGCCGACACUCUGCCUGUGAUGCCUCGGGAGCAGCUGGACACCAUCAGUGAGGAGACCCGGUGGAUCCAAGAGGAAGAGAGCACGGAGCAGCGGGCCGAGGAGACUGAGAGCAGGGCGGGCAGGGCGCGCUUAGGCAGCCUUCGGCGUUUUGAGUCCCUGAGCUCCCUCAACCUGUGUCCUGCCUCCUCACUUGCCAGCUCCUGCCCGCCCAGCAGGGCGCCCUCCCCACCCCGAAGGAGGCGGCGCAGCCUGGCGCACGAGGGAGACCGGCUGGGCAUCAUGACUGCGGUGCAGAGCCAGAGGGAGCAGGACUGGGAGUCCGCGCAGCAGACCCGCGUGGUGGCCACCAUGGCCCAGGACUUCGAGAGUGACGAGGAUGUGUCUGACGGCGAGGGCGACAGGGUCACCCUCUUCAGCUCGGCCGGUCAGCUGCCGCCCAGUGGGCAGGCCGAUGCCGACACUCUGCCUGUGAUGCCUCGGGAGCAGCUGGACACCAUCAGUGAGGAGACCCGGUGGCUCCAGGAGGAAAGGGAGAGCAUGGAGCAGCGGGCCGAGGAGACUGAGAGCAGGCUGCCAGCUUUAAUGGAAGAGGUAGAAGAUGACAAGACUGCCAUCCAAUGUGAAGCCUCGAGCCCUGCCUCGCCGCAGUCCCUUUGGCUGGACCGGCUGCACACGGGGGUGCUGCGCGCAGCCAGCCCAGAGGACGUCAGGGACACCUGCAAACCACCGCCUGCUGAGCUCCCGUCCUCAGCCAGGCAGCACUCGAUGGAGGGCACGUGUGGUCUCCUGUGCAGCAGCUCUCCUGCCACGGCCGGGGACGGCCACCCUGCAGAGGACGGCCCCGGGGGCAACCCCAGCAGCAGCACCAUCAGCCAGGACUCGCUGCACAAAGCCCCGAAGAAGGGCAUCAAGUCGUGCAUCGGCCGCUUGUUUGGAAAGAAGGAAAAGGGCCAGCCUGGACACCCGGCAAGGAGGCCUUAG